UGUUCGCCAUAAUAAACCCUGAGCUAAAACAAGUGAUAACAAGGUGGCUGUGCGAGGCUGCAGUUUGUAUUGUUUUUAACAAUACAGGUCUAGCUAGCAAGUGUGUGUCGGGAUUUUUAAAUUAUUUUUUUUGUGGAAGGAAUAAGGAGAGUGAGUGAAAAUUGAGCAAAUCAAGGCCACACCAUGGCGUCGGCAUCUGCCAGCGUGGAUUCCAAGGCAGAGCUGACUGCUCUGCUGGAGCAUUGGUUGGAGCAGUGGGAGGGGGAACAGCAGGCCAGCACACCAGACCUGGUCAACAUCCUCACCAAGAUCUCAGAGCUGGUGGAGAGGGAGACUGAGGAAUAUCACAAAGCUGAUCCUGAUCCUUUUGAUGACAGGCACCCUGGGAGAGCUGAUCCAGAAUGUGUCUUGGGUCACCUGCUCAAGAUCCUGUUCAAAGAUGAUGACUUCAUGAAUGCGCUGGUGAAUAGCUAUGUGAUGACCAGCAGAGAGCUCAUUCUUAACACGGCAGCCUGUCGCCUGCUGCAGAACAUCAUGCCUGGGUUGGAGACCGCCGUGGUCUUUCAGGAGAAGGAGGGCAUUGUGGAGAGGCUGUUUAAAUGGGCCCAGGAUGCUGAGCAGCCCCUGAGGAUCUAUGCUACGGGCCUGCUGGCUGGAGCCAUGGAGAACCAGGACAUCGCUGCCAACUACAGGGAGGAGAACUCAGUCCUGGUGCCUCUGAUGCUGCAGCGGUUACGUGAGCUGCAGGCCAAGGACACUGAGAACAGGAAGGAGUUUAAACGGCCCAGUCCCAGGAAGACCCUGGGGGAACCUCUCCUUCCUCUAGAUGAGGAGACUGUCGACGGAGGCUUCGAGGACACCCCAUUCCCCUCGGGGAAUAACGGAACAGAGAGUGAGUCUGACAACGAGAUCUCCUUCCACCUCAACUACCUCAACUCCUCCCACAAGACCAGCAGCCGCACCAGCUCGUCCGUCAAAGGCCUGAUGAAACCCGUGUCUGCCCCACCGUCUUUGUCCCAUCGGGACUUCCCAGACGGCAGGGCGGAGGGCAGCAGUCACCUCAAGAGGAGGGCGGAGAGGGAGAACGGACGGAAGGUGAAACAGAAGCUGAACUUCUCCCUGCCGGAGCCGGAGAGGAACUUCAGCGAGCUGUCCAACAGCAGCUGGUCUGAGAUGAGCCCCUGGGUGAUUGGGAACAACUAUCACCUUUACCCUUUGACCCCGGAGAUGGAGCAGAGGCUCAUCCUGCAGUACCUCACCCCUCUGGGGGAGUACCAGGAGCUGUUGGCUGUCUUCAUGCAGAUGGGAGCCUGUGAGCUGCUCAUCCAUUACAUGGACCUGAAGCAGACCAACGAUGUACAGCUCACCUUUGAGGCUCUCAAGUACCUGGCCUCCCUGCUCCUGCAUAAGAAGUUUGCAGCCCAGUUUGUGGCCCAUGGAGGGGUUCAGAAGCUGCUGGAGAUCCCCAAGCCUUCCAUGGCCGCCACAGGGGUGUCUCUGUGCCUCUACUACCUGGCCUACAACCAGGACGCCAUGGAGAGGGUGUGUAUGUUGCCCCACUCCAUCCUGUCUGAUGUGGUGAGCUACACUCUGUGGCUGUUGGAGUGUUCCCACGCCUCGGGCUGCUGCCAUGCCACCAUGUUCUUCUCCAUCUCCUUCUCCUACCGAGCCGUGCUGGAGCUCUUUGACAGGCAGGAUGGCCUCCGACGCCUCGUCAACCUGAUCAGUACGUUGGAGAUCCUGAACCCUGAAGACCAGGCGGCCCUGCUGAGUGAUGACCAGAUCUUCUCCAGCAGGCAGACGGCCAAGCACACCUGCAUGGCCCUGCGCAGGUACUUUGAGGCCCAUCUGGCCAUCAAGGUGGAGCAGGUCAAGCAGUCCCUGCAGCGGACUGAGGGGGGCGCUCCCAUUCACCCUCAGCCUUACUACAAGGCGUGCAGCUACACCCAUGAGCAGGUGGUGGAGAUGAUGGAGUUCCUGAUCGAGUACGGCCCAGUCAGACUGUACUGGGAGCCAGCAGAGGUCUUCCACAAGCUGUCCUGUGUUCAGCUGCUGCUGCAGCUCAUCUCCAUCGCUUGUGACUGGAGGACCUACUAUGGCAGGAGUGACACAGUGCGUUAUGCCCUGGACAUACUGAGCAUCCUGACAGUGAUCCCGAAGACCCAGCUGCUGAUGGCGGAGUCUGUGGCUGUGCCGGAUGGGGAGGGGGGUAACGCAGUCUCCACCGUGGGUAUGAGUGUAGUCCUGGUGGUUGCAGAGGGAGAGGUGUUUGUGAACGACGCCGAGAUCCAGAAGUCUGCUCUGCAGGUGGUCAUCAACUGUGUGUGCGCUCCGGACAAACGCAUGUCCAGCAUCGGCAAGUUCAUCUCGGGCACGCCUCGUAGACGCCUGCCCCAGACUACCAAGAGCAGCGAGAGCGUGCUCAGCAAGAUGUGGAACGUGGUGCAGUCCAACAACGGCAUCAAGGUGCUCCUGUCCCUGCUGACGGUGAAGAUGCCCAUCACAGAUGCAGAUCAGAUCCGGGCCCUGGCCUGUAAGGCCCUGGUGGGUCUGUCCCGCUCCAGCUCAGUCAGACAGAUUAUCAGCAAGCUGCCUCUCUUCAGCAGCGGACACAUCCAGCAGCUCAUGAAGGAGCCUGUGCUCCAGGACAAACGCAGCGAACACGUCAAGUUCUGCAAGUUUGCGGCGGAGCUCAUCAAGCGAGUGUCUGGUAAACCCCUCAUGAUAGGGACAGAUGUGUCCCUGGCCUGGCUGCAGAGGGCUAAUGUGGUGGCCCAGUCCAGGAUCUCCUUCCCUGAGAAGGAGCUACUGCUGUUAAUCCGGAACCACCUGGUGGCCAAAGGCCUGCAUGACACGGCCACCACGCUCACCAAGGAGGCCGACCUCCCCAUGGCCAUCCUCCCCCACCCAUCUUCCUCAGCUUUGCUUCCUGUCGUUGUCCCCCCCCCUCCUGCCUCUCCCGCCCCUGCCCUCCCCCGGACCCCUCGGCUGGCCAAUGGGGUCGCGGCACGAUUGGCGAGCCACGGCUCUCAUCCGUCCGUGCCGUUGUCAGUUCAGCCCCAGCCCCGUCCCUCGACAUCGCAACUCCUCGCACUCCCUCCGGCCGCCCCUCCCCUGUUGACCCCUCACCAAAGCAACGGCUCUCCCCUGAUUGGUCGGAUCGUGUUCACGCGAGAGCGCCCGUCGCCUUGCCCUGUGCCUGCCAGCUGUAAGAAGCCGCGGGUGCUGAGGCAGAAGUCAGACUACGGUGCCUUCAGCCAGAGUCCAGCCAUGAAGAAACAGCUGGACAGACACCUGCCCUCUCCCCCCGCCCUGGACAGCAUCAUCACAGAGUACCUGAGGGAGCAGCAUGCACGCUGCAAGAACCCUGUCACCACCUGCCCCCCCUUCUCCCUCUUCACCCCCCACCAGUGCCCCGAGCCCAAGCAGAGGCGCCAGGCCCCAACCAACUUCACCUCCCGAAACACACGCAGGGUCGUCUACCCCAAGUAUGGAGGGGUGGACGGGGGCUGCUUCGACAGACACCUCAUUUUUAGCAGGUUUCGUCCCAUGUCUGUGUUCAGGGAGGCAGACGAGGAUGAGAGUGGGUUCAUGUGUUGUGCCUUCUCUGCCCGUGAGCGGUUCCUGAUGCUGGGGACGUGUACGGGCCAACUCAAACUCUACAAUGUGUUCACAGGCCAGGAGGAGGCUAGCUACAGCUGCCACAGCUCUGCCAUCACACACCUAGAGCCAUCACGGGAUGGCUCUCUGUUGUUGACGUCGGCAUCAUGGAGUUAUCCCCUGUCUGCACUGUGGGGCAUGAAGUCAGUGUUCAUCAUGAAGCAUUCCUUCUUAGAUGAUCAUUAUGUGGAGUUCAGCAAACUCUCACAAGACCGAGUCAUUGGCACAAAGGAACACAUAGCUCACAUCUAUGACAUCCAGACAGGGCAGAAGACCCUGACCCUCAACUACCCGGACCUGGCCAACAACUACAAGAGGAACUGUGCGACCUUUAACCCCACCGACGACCUGGUGCUGAACGACGGCGUGCUGUGGGACGUGCGCUCGGCUCGGGCCAUCCACAAGUUUGACAAGUUCAACAUGAACAUCAGUGGAGUGUUCCACCCCAAUGGCCUGGAGGUCAUCGUCAACACUGAGAUUUGGGACCUGCGGACCUUUCACCUCCUCCACACAGUGCCAGCUCUGGACCAGUGCAGGAUCGUCUUCAACAACAACGGCACGGUCAUCUACGGAGCGAUGCUCCAGGCCGAUGAUGAGGAUGACAUUAUGGAGAUGCAGACGAAGACUCCUUUUGGCUCCUCCUUCAGGACGUUCAACGCCACCGACUACAAACCCAUUGCCACCAUUGACGUGAAGAGGAAUAUCUUUGACCUCUGCACGGACACUAAGGACUGCUACCUGGCUGUGAUUGAGAACCAGGACUCGGUCAACACAGACACGGUGUGCAGACUGUACGAGGUGGGACGCCAGAGACUGGCUGAAGAGGAGGAGGAUGAAGACGAUCAGGAGGAUGACGAUCAAGAUGAUGACGAUGAUGAUGAUGAAGAUGACUCUGACGAUGACAUGGACACGGACCCUCUGAUCGCUGAGCUGGAUAACGAUAACGGAGAGGAUGAGGACGAGGACGACGGGAACAAUGAAUUAUCUCCCUCUGACGAUGAAGAGGUGUCUCACCUGCUGGAGGGGGACGGAGAGGAGGAGGAUGACGAUGAUGAUGACUCGGAUGAGGAUGAUGGGGACCUUGCCCUGGAUAACACAGACAGCUCUGACAACUCUGACCUUGAGGAUGACAUCAUCCUGUCCCUGAAUGAGUGAGGAGCCGUCAGUGUCUGGGACAGCGAAACUAGGACGACAGGUCCGGACUCCUGGAGAGAGAGCUCCCUGUGGGUGAAAUGUCAUAAACAACUGAGACAAGACGAUAAGGUACAGUUAGAUAAGAGAGAGUUGGGGAGAAAGAAGGAUGGGAUUUGGAUUUGGGAAAUGAACUGAGAGAGCACUGCCAGUUUGGAAUUCUGUCCAAGGCCACCCACCACCCAGGAGCAAGUCAACCUGGAAGAAGCUGAUUGGAGGAGUCAGUGAAGGGCCAGAAGAUGUCCACCUUUCAAAAUGUUUCUGCAAAAAUUGAUUUGUAUAUGAUAUAGUUUUAUAUUACACCGUGGGCUUGAUGAGUGGAAAACAAUGUUUGUACAGACACAACAACAACUGAGGUUAUUAUUUUUUCAUUUUGAAUUCAUUAAAGCUCAUUCAAAAGUUUGCCCUUUGAUAUGGACUAUCCUUUAUUUUCUAGAAUGCUGAAUGGCCACCGCUCUUUGUAUAGUUUUUUUUUUUAGAUGGGGAAACUGAAGGACUGUUUUUAGAUGGGGAAACUGAAGGAAGCUACUUCUGACUCUGGAUUGGUAAGGCAGUGUUGGCUGACUCAAGCAUCCUGUUCUAUACUGCAUCAACUCCCAUGUGGCCUGCUAAAGACUAAGGUGCUGCAUGAGGCUUCCACUGUAACACACACACAGUCUAUGUGGAGCUAAACCAGCCAUAUCCUCAGGUUCAUCUCCACUGCACCACCUUCUACUAUACAAACGUGACCAACGACCAAGAAGCCACACACAGUAGUGUUAUCAAUGACCAACACCACCGGAUUUCACUGUCGUCAUAGCAACAGAUCAAACAUGGUGCUCUUGAAAAAUGCUGAAUACUGGCAUUUGUUUAGAAACUGUAAGCACGUUAGUGAGUGUAAAACUGUGGACUCUACAAAAAUUGUCAGCAAACGAUUGAUGUAGUUGUAUGUAUACAUAACGAGGCCUUAAAGGAUGUCUUCCUUUUUCCAUGUAUGAAUUUGGCUUUGGUUGACAUUUUGAAUGGUGCUUGAUCUCAACCUUGGGUUUAUGCUGCACACACAGGUUAUAUUCUAAGGGAAUACAUACUUUGCAUACAAUCCAAAUGUAAACUAAACAUUUUAGCAUUCAGUUUGGGUUCAUUAGUGCACAUUGCUUGGUGUUCAGUUUUUACAGUUAGCUACAAGCUGUUUACCUUUCAUUUUUCUCUUUUGGAUUUGAUUGGUCCUCUCAUGGAACAACACCAACAGAACCUGACCUGGAUUGGAGGAUGUUUGCCAACUGCCAAUGAUGCAGACAGUGUAUUUUGACUGAGGUGGGCUUGUUUAGAUGAUUUUUCUGAAUCUGAACUUUGAUGUUGGGUGGGUGGCUUUAGAAGCUAUUCCUGAUAAGUGUUCAAUUGUGGAUAGCUUUAUUAUUCAGUUACAACUUCUUUAUUAAGACACUCGAUACAAAUGUAGGCGUGGUCUCACCUGUCUUGCCUAUUUCCAAUACAUCAUGAUUUUUC